CUACUCUUCAGCUGUAUAUUUGUAAACAUAAAAUUUCGUAUUUGUUUUUCUUAAAUUAAUUACAUAAUAAUUGUAACAGAGAAAAAUUAAAUGGUACAGGAAAUGAAAGAUGGCGUGGCGUUUGAUCGAGAGUCUGCGAUGAUUCCAGUGAACCAGUGAUCUUGAUGAUCAUCAGCGCCUCCCAGUGGGGAAGAUUGUAAAAUGAACGAGAAGAACCUUCGUUACUUCGUAGUCUGCCCCUCUAUAUCUAAGCAUAACUGUAUGACCGUGUGUACUGUGCCGCUGACAAUGAGCCGCGGCGGUGACUGUGAUAAGUGAUCGCGUACCCUUCCUCGUCGCUAAACGCGUAGUGGCAGUGGAGAAAGAUAGUACGUAGGCCAAGGAAAGAGUCUACCUCUUGAUGACUCGCGCUUUACGCAGGGCGCAACGUAGCCGGAGUUCACAAUUAUGUUCGAUGUACCGCCCAAGUUCUACGAGCUGUGUCGCCUUUGUUUAUCGUCGGACGGUGUCAAAUUGUCCAUAUUCGAAGAGGAGGGCGCCCAGCGGAACUUUGCUGAUAAGAUACUGACGUGCCUCUCGAUUACGGUGAAAGAUGGAGAUUCUUUGCCACCAAUCAUUUGUCACCGAUGUGUGUACAAGUUGGAUGUGCUGCACAACUUCCGUGAAGUGUCACACAAAUCUGAUGUCAUACUCAAACAGUACCUGGAUUAUGCCAAGCAAUUAUCAUCGCACGAUGAUCAGAAGAAGUCUUUCUCCACUGCCAAAGUAGCAGGCUUAAGCCCUCUACAGUCAUUUCUCCAAUUGAACAAAACAUUGUUCAAUGAGGAGCCUAACUCUCCGGCCAGCAUUAAUCAAAACAUUAUACCUCAGACGCAAACACAUCAUUUGGAGUUGCGCACCAAUGACAUGCCUGAACACGAUAACAUUAAGUGUGAACCUGAAGAUGACACGUGUUCGAACAGUUCUGAUCCAGACAGAUUAGAAAUAGAAGAUCGUGAUGAACAAGAUACAGAGGGGGAAGAGAAUGGUUACGAUAUGACCAUUAACAAGAGAAUGAAAGUGGAAACAAAUUACGAGGAAUCGAAACCAAGUACCCCCGAUCACAGUCCGGUAAAUAGAAUGGAUACACCAGAAAGCAAUUGUUCAGAUACAAAUAUUGAUCAAGAAACAACAAAGUUGUGGCAAGCAUUAGCAAACAACAGGAGUUUAGAGAUUACAAGGACAAAUGGUGACAAAUUAAAUAAUGGAUUUACUGGCGAGGCAACUAAUCUGCUGCGUUCUUUAAUCAACAACAGACAAAUCGGUAUUACUACUGUUGAUUCUGACAGAGUAUCACCACAAAUUAGAUUUUACAGGGACACUCAAGGGACAACAAUCGAACGUACCGUACCUGAUUGUUCUGUACUCGGAAAUCGUACUAAUGUCCCGUGUAUAGAAAACAAGGGUACUUCGGUGGACAGUAAUCCAUCCAGCCCUGCCAGUGUUGGUCGUAAAGAAACUAAGGGUCGUAGAAAACAAAGUUAUCCCAGUAAAGCUCCGAUGAGCCCGGAUAUUAAUUAUCAACACGAAUCUAACGAGGAACAAGCACAAGAUUUCACAACGUGGUCAAGUAAAAUGAAAGGAAAGGUAGAAGAUUCAAAGCAAUUCGAUCAGCAUCCAGGUAGCAUGGCGAAAAAGGUAGAUAUGUCUUGCACAAAUUGCGGUACCAUGACUACAACAAUUUGGAGAAGAAACAUGAAGGGUGAAAUCGUUUGUAACGCUUGCGGGCUCUAUUACAAACUUCACGGAGUGAAUCGUCCAGUUACCAUGCGAAGGGAUACGAUACACACGCGUAGACGUAGACCCAAAGGCGAGAAACCAACGAGGCACAGAAAAAAAGGUGACACAAUUUUAACACCGCAAUCGGAACAAAUGGACGCAGAAAGUGCAGAUAUGUUAGCGGCACUCCGACGACAAAUCCAGCCCCAUUUAAUGAUGGCAGCGUUAACGCCUCCUCGUAUACCUGGGACCCAUCCACCAGCACCAGCCGCUCAACUUAAUUACUCUCUUCCUUUACCAAGUUACAUGAUGCACCAUGUAAAAUCAGAAGGGCGAGAACAAUGUCACUUAUCCGCGGAAGCAGAAGACACAGAAGAAGGAGAUACAGAGAACGUCUCGGACGUACCGUUGAACCUAGUUGCGACGUCGUUAUCCGAAGAAGCACACUGAAGCAGUACUUCGAGGAGCAUGAGAACGACUUUAACUAGGUAUAUAUGAAACGAAUAAUCUCUAGACAGAGGAUAGUCUGUCCGGUGAUACACAGGGUGUAGAAGACGAGAUUGUUCUCCUUCUCCUUUCUGCCACUGAUUCUCGUCCAUAAUCCUUUAUCGAGCUCUCUUUAUUUCUCUCCCUUAUUUUUUCUUUUCCCCUCCCCCCACGGUCUCGAGAAUUUUCAGGUGGUAGAAUAUUGGGAUGAUAAUUAUUGUCCCUUGAGCUACCAAGCCCGUGGUGCAGAGCGCACGAAGGAACGAUGAUAUUAAAUACGCAGUAUUAAUUACGUGGUUAUUCGAAAUAUGUACAUAUAUAUACACGAAUAUGAAGAAUAUUUUUAUACAAAAUUUUCUACGCUUGCAGCUAGAGGAGCGACGGGCGAUCGUUGUACAUACACGCGCAAAUUGUUCUUUCGGUGUCGCACGUAUUUUUCCGCGUUGAAAGAAAUGGUGGUCGUUGUCUGUUUUUCAUAGUGACGUAAGAAAAUUCAAUCGCCAGUGAAUGUUUUUUAGAACGGCGCUAGAUUACUGUUCGGGAAAGGCUUAGAAUUUAGAAUGAAAAAAGAUUUGUCACUAAACAAGGAAAUUAGUGAAAGAAAGAAAAAAAAUUUCACCGUUUUGUUCCACGGGCUUUUAGCUGUCAGUGACGUGUAACAAUCAUUAAUAGUCUCGUUAUUUUUGCGUAAUAUAUAUAUACAUAUAUAUAUAUAUACUAAGCUAAAAAAACCGACCCAAGUGAAAUCGGGCUUUAAGAACGGGAGAAAAACUGACCGGGGAACAAGAAAACGGUUGCGCUAUGUGACAGACGUUCGUUUUAAAAGAUAUCCGAUGCGUACUCGGUAAUUUGAGCAUUACCAAAUUACGUUCAUGCCAGUAUCAUUUUAAAUACCGUAUUCUAGUGGCCUUUCAGCGAUUUAAACUCUUGUCUCUUCCCCCCAUUUUUUUUUUUUUUUAUUAAGCUGUUAUCUCGCGCAUUAAGCGCGGAUAAUUUAAUUUCAGACAAAGUCUUAAUUUAGAUGACGUAGAUACUUUUUUACAUGAGCACGAGACUGCCGGUGUAAACACAUUUAAUACUCUUUCUACCAUUUACGUAUUCUCUUCCCUCCUCUCCCUAGUUUUUUCUCUUUCUCUAUCUCGAAAGGCUUCUCGACUGUUAUCAACACAGUCGCAAAUAAUUUGUACUUAAUAGGCAAGCAGCACCACCACCAUAAUAAUCUAAGACUCCGAAAGCAAUAAGAAACGCGAUGGUACGUAGGAUAGAUUGUCGUCAUACAAUACUCGUUAACGUGCUCUCUCGACGACAAUUAAACAUACAAGAAUUUUUUCAGGAAGUAAUACUUAUAGAUAACAUUCAUUCGUAUGCCGGACGUUAAAAGUAACAAAUUUUACUGCUCCACAGUUGCUGUAGGUCACCGUGAACUCUACAAUUAUUUUUUUGUCGAAUCUCUUCCUCAACUCUGUGUCAUUUUAUUUUGUAUUAUUAAAGAGAAGAAGAAAAGAGAGAAAAGAAAAAGGGAAUCUCGUUGUAGAUAAAGAAAAUCACUUGUGUCUUUGAACAGUAUAAAUGAAGCUGUGAUCUUUUUUUUUUUUUAAAUUUUUCAAUUAAUAGUUGGUCUCUCUAUAUUUUAAGGGCUAUCACUGAUCUAUUUUUCCAGAAUGUACAGUUCACGCGUUAAUGAACAGGUAUUAAGCAACGUUAAAUAUCACCGUAAUACGAUGGCCAGUGCAUCUACUCAUGUAUCGUUAUACCUAACAUUGUAUACCUAAACAACUUUGCCAAAAAUAGAUUUAGUCUAUGUAACAUAGAAUAUAGUUAAGGGCAUACGAUUAAAAUUAACGUUUUAUCUUUCUCUUUCAUGUCAUACACAGCAUUUACAUCCUCCUUCGUUUUCCUCUUCUUUGUAAUUCUUUUAUUUUUUUAUUUUAUUUUUUUUUUUUCCAUCAGUGAUACCUCUUGACAAUGCAACUGUGUAGAGCUUAUAAAUUCGCUUACAGUAACUUUGUGGAGCAUCUUAGUUUUAGUCGUUAUCAAAGGAGCCUUAUGAACACACUCGUAUAUAUAUACAUAUACGUAAUACUCGUAAAUAUAUAUAUAUAUAUAUUUACAAAGUACACAUACAUACUAUUGUAUACUAUUAUACGAGUACAGAUGAUACCACGAAUCAGUAUCAUUCUUUUAAACUUUUUUUAUAUAUACAUAUAUAUAUUCUAACAAAUAAUUCUUCUGUAUAAUAGUCGUUCGAGUAAUAUGUUCUCACUUAAAUGAAAAAAUAAUGCGUUUAACUGAUAACAAUGUGCAUAAUAGAGAACAAUGCAUCGCUUUUUACUUAAUUUAACUUAUUUUAAAGAGGAAUGAUAUUGAGAGUGUGGUAUCUUUGAUAUUAUACACGAGUAUUGGAGGAAGAGGUGUAAAAGUACGACGAGGUUUCACAUUAGUGGGAUCCUUGUAACAAAUUGCUAAACUUUUUCUCUCAUGCGUCAAAAUGAUCCUUCCAUUUAGUACAUAUUCGACACAUUUUCAGUGUUAAAAGCAGGUUGAGAAAUAACGUAUCUUUUAAAUAAAUCUGUACCAAGUAUUUAUUUAUUUUAACAAACAUCCGAAACGUUCGAUGAAUUUCUUCUGAAUAUUGUACAUUGAUUUUAAUGCAAUUGACUGUUAAUCGGAUAUCAUUUGAAUUGUUUCUCAUUCUAGAGGAAUUGUAUUUAUUUAAAAGAUACGUGACACGAGGUUUAGGCUUAACGCAUCUCCUUCCUUUAAUAGAGAAUAAAAUUGAAAGUAAUCACUGAUUAAAGUAUACAGGGUCUGACAUAUUUUCAGUCAGGCUUAGACCGCCAGUUUUUCAAUUCUGUUGACAGAAAAAUUGUAACAUACCAUUUUUAAGUGUACCAUACGCGAAGAGAAUGAACUUAUUUAUGAAUAACAUUGAUAGGAAGAAGACAGCAAUGGACAGUUUUUUCGUUAGGCAUUUUUUUUCUCAGUUAUAUAUUCGGCUCUUCGUAGCUUAUUAAAUAACAAAAAAAAAAAAAACCUAACUAUUAUUAUCUUUAUACAUACAUAUAUUUUUCUUUUUUGUAUUAUUACCAACGUAGGCGCGUAAGUAGAAUUAGGUUUGAGCUCUCUACUAAUUCUGAAAACCUAGAGGAUAUUUUUUAUAAUUAUUAGAAUCGAGGAAUCGAGUAUUGCUAAUUAUAUAUAUAUAUAUUAUUGAUAUCGAUUGAUUAAAUGUUAACGAUAAUGAUCUUUUAUCCUUUUUUUUUUUUUUUUUUUUUUUUAAAUAAGAUUUAGUUGCAAGACCGCCACUCGACACGGUUCGUUUUUAACAAUGGUAAAGAGAAAAAAAAAGCUGAGGCUUCUUAUAGAUUCUUCUUUUUUUUAUGUAUCAGUAUUCUACGCGUUUGAUUUUAGCUGAUAAGAGUUUUUAACCAACACUACUUAAAUAUGGAUCCCCGACGGCGAGAUUUGUCUUACUUAAUUAUUAAAUUAUUUAGUUUAUCCUCCCCCGCCCUACACCCUUGUCCGAACCCUUCCCUUUUUUUCCCUCUCCCGACGAGUCCCUUGUUCCUUGUUUUUGUACGUCUAUUUUUACAUAAGCGACCCUCCCUGAAUAUUAUUUAAACUGUAAUUUAUUGUAUUCACUGUUUUUUGCACCGACGUUUAUGUAAGACAUAUUUUGGCAACGACUGGCUUAAUUUAUUGUUUCUUAUAAUAUUACUUUAUACGAGUUUCGCUCUCUUUCUUUCUUCUUCUUAUUCUAUAUUUUUAUCUCUCUCGUAUCUUCAUUUUAUUUUUCGCUAGAACGCGUUAACUUCGUACGAUCAGGGCGUAUGGUCAUUCCCUCCCUUUUAAUUUGUUUCCUUUCCGCGGUACGAAGAUGCGGACGGUCGAUGCUUAUUUAAGGUGCCUUCCACCUGGACAUUUCGUUAGAUACAAAAAGAAAGAAAAAAAAAAAAGAAUUGUUCAAGCGAAUUGAUCGACGACGAUGAUAAUAAAUAAGUCUAAUCGUGCCUGAGCACCCUGUACACGCGUGUAUGUACGAGUAUUCGCUGUUUAAACAGGAUCCCAUAAGGAAUCCGUAAGCCAAAACUGUUGUCCGAUCGAACGUUUUAAAAAAAAAGAACAAAACAAAAAAAGAAGAAACCUCUCUGCCUUCGAUCCGUUCGGUUCGUCUUCCUCUUUGUAAAAUGUGCCUCCGUUUAUUUGAUCGCCUGUGUGUCGCUUAACACCUUACCAGCAAAGUAGCCGAAUUAACUGGGUCAACAACGACCCGGACCUACGAAACAUGUACAACGAUGCUUCGGCUAUAAUUAGAAGGAAAAUUGAAUUUAAAUUGUAUUCUCGAUGGUCCGAAGGGUAAUAAUGAAAAUUUAAUUUACGCAAAUUUCGGUAAGGUGUUAAGAGCAUCGCAAAAGUCGACCAACUCGGUCAUUAUCGUAGCAAUCGUCUCUCAGGUGUAAUAUCUAGCAAUAACGGAAGAUGGAUGAAUGGAUCGUGGGUGGGAUAGACAAUAUCGAGGUGCUUCUUCGCACCUCAAGUUUCUUUUUUUAUAGAGAAACCCAUGGGUGGGAAGCACCUCGAGGAUCGUUCGUAGGGUGUCCAUCGUUAGAGCAAAUGUAUACGAAAGUCUCGAGGACAAGAGAAAAGGCAGUUAAAGAAAAGAUACACAUACACACGUACACAAAGAAAGCAUAACGAUGCAUAAUUGUAUAUGACAAAGAGAAGGGGUUUUCGCGAUUGACGAGAAAAGGGGUGAGAAAAUGUACCCUUUCCCAUUGGCGUAACUAUGAUUUUUGUAUAAGCUCGAAUCAGGUCCCUUAAUUUAAUUAAAAGUAUUCAACGUUACUUAAUUUUCAUAUUUCAUUUGCAUUUUGAUCCAGAUAUUUAUCAUCGAUCUUUCGAAUAAAGGAGACCUGGUUCGUUUAAGCAUACGCCAAUUACCCUUUUGCUCGUUAAGAAAUUAUUAACUCGCAGCACUGUUCCGUCCGUCUGCACGACCGUGAAUCUUCUGGUUUCACCGAGUUUUCUCGGUUGAAAUCCUAAGUCACAUUUACACGCAUACACACGACAUACACAUAUACACAUUAAAUACAUUGUAACGUGAAACUUUACUUAAUCAUAAGCGAAAGAAAUGAUAAAAUAAAUAGAGAAGCGGUACAUAUGGAAGCGCUAAGACCCCUUCCCCCAGUUCUUACACUGAGUAUUAAAUCUGUACUAAUCGACUGAGUAUUAUUUUUAUAUCGAAGCGUAAUAUUAAAUAACGGAUAAAUUAAAACGCGAGACAAUGGUAAUCGUACGUGAUGCCGAGAGAAUUAAUUGUAAAGCAGCUGAUGCGAGGGAUGCGUUAUCUUUAUCAUUUUCUUCGUUAAUUCCCUGUCGCGUUAAUCACGAUGUAUUCUUUUACGACUAAUUAAAGUCAAAGUGUUAUAACGAUUAGCGUGGCAGGAAAUUUUUUGAAGAAAAGAAGAAAGAAUGAAACGAGAAAUGAGCAUUCCGUUUCUCAAGAUUAAAAGGAAAAGAAAAGAAAACGAGGAAUGAAACGCAUGCGACUGAUGAUUGUGAGUGCCCUGAUUACAUAUUUUGUAUACAAACCAUAUAUAUGUGAAACCGAGCAGAAAACGCUAGUUUAACGAGCGACAAAGAGAGAGAGAGAGAACAAAAAAUAAAAUAAUGGAACGAUUUGUAAUGAUUGUAAAAGUGUUGAUAAGAGCUUUGAUCGGCCGGAAACUAACUUAAUCGAAGGUUUAUAUAUAUAAAUAAAUGAUUAUAAAAAUAUAUAUAUAUAAACGAGCGUCGUAGGAAUGAACGGAGAUAAAAAUCUUACUUUUGUAUCCAUGAAUCUACGAUAAUAAGUUAGUUUAGGCUAUGGCCAGCAGCUGUUGAGAUUAUUCAAGGUUGUGUGUAUCAUUAUAAGUAUUUUGAAUUGUUGAAUAGUAAAUAGUGUAAGCGGAGGCUUGAACGGGGCGACGUCCCGCGCCCACGGAUUUACCCUGAAGAGACGUCGCGUCGUCCAAGUUCGGUCUCGAGGUAUACAUUUCACGGAAUAAUUCGAUACUUAUUUUCCUCCCUCGUUCGAUUAAUAACGUUUGCCCCAGUACGAUCAACAUUGAUCAUUUUUACUUUGCCUGUGUUGUUUUAUAUACACCUGAUACGUGUAUGUACAGGGUGAUUCGUGAAUGUCCGAUGAUACCCGAAGAAAGACGAAUCUCGAUUCGAGUAAAUUCGUGCGCGUUCGUGUAUCAUCGUGCAUUCGUCAGAUCGUUGGGACGUUUUAAUUUAUAAUUACCGAAGCAUAUUACGCGAAACCUAUCACGAUAGAUGUACCUUCUUUCUGUCCAUCGGAUUUUAUUACUUUUGCUCUCUAUUUUUUCUCUACCUUCGCUCUCUGUUUCUUUAUUCAGAAAUUGAUCUUUGUAUACCUUUCUACUCCCCCACCCCUUUUAUUUUCUUUUGUAUUUGUAAUUGAUAAGCGACCUUAUUAGACAUUUUAAGCUAUUUAUUGGGCUGCUAUGUGAUUUGUUGGAAAUUAUUUUGAGAUCUUUGAUUCGAAGACAAUGCUUCGCGUGUACGUGUCCGCGAUUCUGUCCCACGGUUCGCUGACGAAUCUUUUGAAAAAGGUGAUACAAAAAUUGGAUUAAAAAUAAAUAAAAGAAAACAAACAGAAGAUGAAAAAGAAUAGAGAGAGAAUUGCGAUCACUCGACGUCUCUUUAUUUUUGUGCGCCUACCGCCUAGCUAAGUCAAAGAGUAUUGCGCGAACUGUGUUUGUUGCCGGAACGUUUGCAUUUUCUUUUUUUCUUAAUUCAAUUUCAUUGAAAUUUCUCUUGCAAACGAGUCGACGCAACAGGCACAGGCAAUUGGCGGGCAAAGGACCAAAAUGUACAACAAUUGCGUUUGCCCUUUCUACGGUUGGUACGAUUCGUUUUUAUAAACAUGUAAAACGAUCGAAGCUAUAACGUGUUGCAGUAACGAGGAUUUUUAAACGAUGUUGACAUUGAUUAUUUUGGGGAGCAUCUUGUGCAAGGGCAUUGUUGUGAUACCACAGAUGCAGCUUCAUUGAAACUUAAAU